CUUUCUCAUGUUGGAGCUGAGAGUAGUGGGCGACAAGCACGCAACCGAGAAUACAGUAUAGUCAUUGCUGGUAAUCAGACGUGCGUUAGAAUGGCGAACAGUCCAUGCACACUCAUGUGCGGUGAUGCACGCGGCGCCCCACGUUCGCUCGUCAUUCCGUCAACCGAUGCACUCAUCUCCGCAAUCUCUUCUCUUCCCACUCACUUACAAGCGACACGCAACGAGGAUGCCGCGCUACCACGUCCUCGUGAACCCCGUCUCUGGCGCAGGAGAAGCGCCCGACUUCGUGGAACACCGUGUGCUUCCUCUCCUUAACUCCCUCCGCAUCGACUACGAUGUACAUGUCACAAAAUGCAUGAACGACGCCGGCCGUAUUGGCCGCGAGCUACUCUUUGAGCGCGAGCAGCGCGUCAAGGAAGGCAAGGUGGCUAGAGACGAGGUGACGACGGUCGUGGUCGGCGGCGGCGACGGAACGGCGCACGAGUUCAUGGAAGGCGUGCUGGAGGGUGUGCGUGGCGGAGCGCCGCUGGGGCGCUGGGAGCUCGUCACCCUGCCGCUGGGUACGGCCAACGCCCUCCACUCGACACUCUUUCCGCCUGACUCUGUCCCCGUCCCGCUCACAGAACGCCUCGAGCCCCUCAUCGCUCCGGGGAACAUGCACGCGCUCGCGUCCCUUAUCCGCGCGCUCGAGGGCGGCGCGCCGCGUUCCCUCCCCGUCACCCAAACCACGCUCUUCACCUCAUCUGGCACACCUUCUUCCGACCCCAUCCCCAGCCACAUCGUGCUGAGCACGGCGCUGCACGCCAACAUCCUUGCAGACUCGGAGGCGUUCCGCGCCGAGAUGCCGGGCAUCGAGCGUUUCAAGCGCGCGGCCGCGGACAACAUCACCGUCUUCUUCCCCGCCAAGGCCCGCCUGCUCCCCUCCGCGGCGGGUGUGCGCGUGUACGACCCGCGAACAAGAGACUGGAAAGAGGGGCCGGAGGAGCUCGAGGGCCCCUUCGCCUACUUCCUUUCUGUGACGACGACGCCGCGCCUCGAGCCCACGUUCGUUGUCGCGCCCACGCUUGCCCGCCUCCCGCCUGCCCCGCACGAGGGGACUAUGGAUAUCGUAGUGCUGCGUCCCAUGCGCGAUCCACAUGUCGCAGCCGCCGGAGAUCAGGGAGUCGCGUGGGCGCCCCGCGCGAAAGAGGUCUUGGGUGCCGCGUAUGACGACGGGCGGCACAUCGCGCUCUUGUAUGGCGCAGAGGGAACGGUGGACAUCAGCGCGCGACAGCCGCAGAAAGAUCCAGGGGGCGAGCCAGUCGUCGAGGUGUUCCGGUGUGCGGGUUUCGAGUGGACUCCCACCGAAGAGGGGCACGCGAAGAGCCAUAUUGUUUGCGCGGACGGCAGCCUGUACACGGUUCCGCCUGGGGGCAUGGCGCGCGCCAAGGUCAUGGAGAGCCAUGCGGGCGAGGGAUUCUGGGUUUGGGGAUAGGCAAGAAGCCAAAGCUGUGGCACAUAGAUCCCAUGAAUAUAAGAUGAGUGAG